CAGGAGGUGUAACAAGGAGACAGUUGUACCCCGUCUACAGAGCUCUGAUUAGCAGGCUGGGUCACCCUCUACGGAGGAGACUUCUGGAAGUCAGUGGAGGGGAACCAGAUAUGCCAGUGGUGCAGGAUAUGUCAGUGCACCAUGGAGGUCCACAGAGGCAGACUCCAGAGUGUGUCCCCCCCAAGGUGUUGUCUCACUCCAUUGAGCAGAUCCUGAGGAGAGCGCCGUGUCUGCAGGGGGAGGAGAGGGGGAGUGGAGGAGAGGAGGAGAGAGGGAGCAUGGCGGGAGAGACGUGGUCUGUGUGUGUGAAGACCAGCGCAGAGCAAGAGCCUAAAGUCAACAGAUGCCCAGUGUCGCGGAGCAGUAGUCGGCGGGUACGAACCACAUUCACCUCGGCCCAACUAGAGAUGCUAGAGAAGACCUUCCAGGAGAGCCAAUACCCUGACAUAUAUACCAGAGAGCUACUGGCUUCCCAAACACAGCUGUCAGAGGUACGAGUACAGAUAUGGUUCCAGAACCGCCGGGCCAAGUGGAGGAAGACUGGAGCUCUGGGAAAGAGCAGAGGAUUGGUCAAACUCUCAGACACCGACCAACAGCCUGAGAGGAUGGUGCCGCUUCCUCCCCUGAUUGGAUCCCUCCAAACCAGGCCACACCCACUACGGCACAGGCUCUUCCUCUCCAAGCCAUCCUACCAUCCCAUUGGUGUUUACCAGCACUUCCUUCCCAAGCUCCACCCAGCCCUGGUACCCUACUCUGAGCCCUACCUGCUUCCCCUGCCAGCCCAGCCCUGGUUGACCCCAAUGACACACGCCAUACCUGUACACACACUCAGCUGACAGACACACAAAAACCACACACCGGAUGUCAAGUAUGUCAAGUAUGUCUGUCCCUGUAAAUAUGUAUUUUCUGUACAUAGAACAAUUCUACUCAUACAGAAAUCUGCUAUUUUGAUUAAUUUCAUACAAAGUAUCAUAAAUAAAGGUCUUCAGUCUGAGCAUGAUUAGCUGAAUCAGGUGUUUUUGUAGGGCUGGAAUGAAACACCCAGUAUCUCUCCAGGACCAGAGCUGGAGAGUUGGAGACCCAUGUCCCAGACUGACCCUGGGUUCUCUGGGAUUCUGAGAAACACUCUGACUCAGAGUGUUACGUCACUUCCAGAGAGGAGGGCAGGUGGUGUUUGUAGAGUCAACCAUGUAGUUCCUUGAAUCUGAGAAGUCCUCUCCAAGACUAAAGUCAUUUAUGUGAUAUGAUUAAUAGGACAAUGUUCUAGAGUCUUUAAACAAUGAACAUUUAUGGGUGACGAUUGCCAAGGA